AUGGCCCCAGGUCCAGUGUUUACAACUCGUCCUGUUGACAGAACUUCUUCUGCUCAAAUGAUCUCAGAAUUCAACCUUACAACUAAAGAUCCUUUGAGUAGUUCAAAGAUUAAUGCCAUAUACACCUUCUAUUCUGCUAUAGAAAUUGCCCCAGGUCCAGUGUUUACAACUCAUCUUGUAGACAGAACUACUGCUGCUCAGGUGACCCCAGAAAUAAUCUUUACGACUAAAGAAACAAUUGCUCAGGGUCCAGUGUUUCCAACUCAUCCUGUUGACAGAACUACUGCUGCUCAAUUGACCCCAGAAUUCGACCUUACAACUAAAGAAAUGGCCCCAGGUCCAGUGUUUACAACUCGUCCUGUUGACAGAACUACUGCUGCUCAAAUGAUCUCAGAAUUCAACCUUACAACUAAAGAAACCAUUGCUCCGACUCCAAGCGUUACAGCUCCGACCAUUGUCGAAACUACUACUCCAACAACGCCAGGCAUCAACUUUUCAAGUAAAGAAUCAACUACUCCACCUCCCAUGCCUACAACCCGUGCUCCAACGACUUCGAAAAUCGACACUUCGACUACUACAGUUCGUAGAGCGUCAAUAUACCCUCUGUCACUGUGGUUCAGCUGCAUUUGGAUGCUCUCAUCGAUUGUUCUGGAUGGAGAGGUGCACAUGGUUCGAAAAAAAAAAUAAAGAUUGCGGAGGCGGAGAAUUCU